UACCGGAAGAGGAGAGGCUUCCGUUUAGAACGCUCGCCGUUCGUUGUUCAUUCAACAUGGCGGCAGGACCAAUUUCAGAAAGAAACCAAGAUGCUACUGUGUAUGUCGGAGGCUUGGACGAGAAGGUGUCCGAGCCAUUACUUUGGGAGCUUUUCCUGCAGGCUGGUCCUGUGGUCAACACACACAUGCCCAAAGACAGAGUCACUGGGCAACACCAAGGAUAUGGUUUUGUGGAAUUCCUCAGUGAAGAAGAUGCUGACUAUGCCAUCAAAAUCAUGAAUAUGAUAAAACUCUAUGGCAAACCCAUUCGAGUUAAUAAAGCAUCCGCCCACAACAAAAACCUUGAUGUGGGUGCAAACAUUUUUAUUGGUAACCUGGACCCAGAGAUUGAUGAGAAACUGCUUUACGACACAUUCAGUGCAUUCGGCGUGAUCCUCCAGACGCCAAAGAUCAUGCGAGACCCAGACACUGGAAACUCCAAGGGUUACGCUUUCAUCAAUUUUGCGAGCUUUGAUGCAUCAGAUGCUGCGAUUGAGGCCAUGAAUGGCCAGUAUCUCUGCAACAGGCCUAUUACAGUGUCGUAUGCCUUCAAGAAGGAUUCUAAAGGAGAGCGUCACGGGUCGGCCGCAGAGCGACUCCUGGCUGCACAGAACCCUCUGUCCCAGGCAGACCGGCCUCAUCAGCUGUUUGCAGAUGCUCCACCACCACCGUCUGCGCCAACACCGGUCCUGACAGCCCUGGGAGCUGCGAUGUCCAUACCAGGCCUGCCACCUCCUGGUGCCUUCCCUCCUGUUCCUCCUCCAGGGUCGAUGCCUCCAAAUAUGCCUCCUUCUAUGGCCAUGCCUCCAUCUGCAGGGACACCCGGCCCACAGUCUGUUGGCGGUGCUCCUCCACCUGGACCACCUCCCUUCCCUCCAGGCAGCAUGCAUCCAGGUAUGCCUCAGAUGCCUAUGCCCCCUCCUGCUCCUCCUGGUAUGGUGCCUCCACCUCCUGCUCCUCCAGGAUCAAGUCAACCACGGGCACCGCCACCCCCUGGCAUGCCCCCACCCAUGCCCAUGGGCAUGCCACCCAGAGCACCAUACGGACCUCCUAUGGGGCCUCCUGUACCUCCUGGAAUGAGAGGGCCGCCUCCUCCCAUGCCUCCGCCUGGCUACGGUGCUGGUCUCCCUCGUCCGCCUCCUCUGGGCUUCCAGAGAGGACCUCCAAUGCCCCCAAGGCCCCCAGGUGCCCCACCACGUGUUCCUAUGAGAGCGCCAGUUCCACCAUAAUCCAUCUCAGAUUGUGGCAUCAGGCUUUAAUUUAGCUUUUUUACUUUAGAUCCACUGACGUUUGUAACAGAAUAAUUUAACCCCCAUUUGUAUUUUUUUUUGUACAGAUGAAAGACAUUUGAUGAAUAAAACUUUUAGUACAAAAUGUGAA